GGCAGAGCCGGGCUGGGAGCGAGCGGGCGGAACCGGGCCGCGCUGCCUCCCAGCUCUAGUGCUUACACAAAGGUUGAAGAUGGGAGGUGCAGUAAGUGCAGGAGAAGACAACGACGAGUUAAUUGAUAACCUGAAGGAGGCACAAUAUAUCCGGACAGAGCUGGUAGAGCAGGCAUUCCGUGCCAUUGAUCGAGCUGACUACUACUUGGAGGAGUUCAAAGACAAUGCCUACAAGGACUUGGCGUGGAAGCAUGGAAAUAUUCAUCUCUCAGCACCCUGCAUUUACUCUGAGGUGAUGGAAGCUUUGGAUCUGCAGCCAGGGCUGUCAUUUUUGAAUCUUGGCAGCGGCACUGGCUAUCUGAGUUCUAUGGUUGGACUCAUCUUGGGUCCUUUUGGUGUUAACCACGGUGUGGAGCUUCAUUCUGAUGUGAUUGAAUAUGCAAAGCAGAAAUUGGACUUCUUCAUCAAAACAAGUGACAGCUUUGACAAAUUUGAAUUUUGUGAGCCAUCUUUUGUUACUGGAAACUGUUUAGAGAUUUCCCCGGACUGCACUCAGUAUGACCGCGUUUACUGCGGGGCUGGAGUUCAGAAGGAACACGAAGACUACAUGAAGAACCUCUUGAAAGUUGGGGGAAUUCUUGUCAUGCCCCUUGAAGAGAAGUUAACUAAGAUAACUCGUACUGGUCCUUCUGCCUGGGAAACCAAGAAGAUUCUUGCUGUUUCUUUUGCUCCUUUGAUUCAGCCCAACCACGCAGAUUCAGGAAAGUCAAGGCUUGUUCAUUUGCCCCCUGUGGCAGUUCGCAGCCUCCAGGAUCUGGCUCGCAUAGCCAUCCGAGGAACCAUUAAAAAAAUUAUACAUCAGGAAACAAUGAGCAAGAAUGGAAAUGGCCUGAAGAACCCCCCUAGAUUUAAACGAAGACGUGUGCGUCGCCGUCGCAUGGAAACAAUUGUUUUCUUGGACAAAGAGGUCUUCGCCAGUCGGAUCUCCAACCCAUCGGAUGAUAACAACAACUGUGAGGAGACUGAGGACGAGAGACGAGAAGAGGAAGAAACGAAACCCUCUGAACUAAAGCCAGAUCCCCCUGUAAACUUUUUGAGAGAAAAGGUCUUGAGCCUGCCUUUGCCUGAUCCCUUGAAAUAUUACCUGCUUUAUUACAGGGAGAAGUAAUUUCCUUCUAGGAUAUGGGAAGUAGGCAGAAAAUAAAAUACUACUUAGGGCUUGACAAACGUAUACCACUUGCUUACCUGCUAAUACGACCACCCAAGGCAGUAGGCUGAUUGGGGAAUGUGGCUGCUGUAUACUUAAACAUUAUAGCUUUUUUAAGUUUCCUCUUUCUUCUUGGUUGUGUGCUAUAGUUUUAUUCUACAGCAGGAAUUCCUUAGGUAGCAAGUUGGUGAAGUGCUUGACUGCUUACAGAAUGGAGGAUUUAAUUCCCUGAAACUAACUGCACAGAGAUGGCUGCUCUACUGAAUUGCAGUUCUUAAACGUUCUUAGAUUCUUAAGCAGUUCCCCAAAGACCUUUGCUGUCUGUGCUCUCUCCCACUCUACCUGCCGUGUGUUUACCAUGGUGUGUGUUCAACGGAGGAUGAAGAUUAUUAGUAAAAGCUGACCUGGCAAAUCUUUUUCUUCCAGAAAUGUGAAAAAAGCACAACUUUUACAGAAAAGAAGUUCUGGUGUUACUCUUGAGAUGUCCAGAUUUUGAAUGUGGAAGGAAGGCAUCAGUUCCCCUUUGGUUGGACCCAGCUUUGCUUUCAAAUUUCAUACUGAUUUUCAGUAAAAGGUAGAAAUGUUCUACAGAUCACUGGUUUUCUUGAUGGGAGACACCUGUUUUAGAGUAUUACACGUGAUGUUUUUUUUUAAAGCAGUGGAGUCAGGUGAGGAGUAGUGAAGCUGAUGAGCUUUGACAGGAUGCUCAAGUGUUCAGAGUUGUGACUGUUGUCUCCAGAAGUGUUUACAAAGUAAUCCUGGAUGGGGAUGAGGGUAAGGAGGAGAUGGGCAGCAGAGAUGGUCAAUACUGGCUGUGAAAGCAGAAUCUGCAGGUUUUGCAGUGAUGCGUGAACUAAAAUCUGCUUGACUGGAGUGGAGCACAGAGCUCUAGCCUGGGCAUAGUUUAUAUCCUGGGAAAUGAGCCACGGAGUUCUGUGGAGGAUAUGUGGAAGCUCUGGAACACCAAAUUGAUGUAAUUCUAACUUAGGUGUUCCUGUGUGCACCCUUGUCAUAGCAGGGUGGCUGGAAUGCAGCUUGUGUACACGUAGUCCACAUACAGCAAGUGGAAUGAGGUUGUCUUGGUAGUUUAUUACUGCAACAAAGGAAUAGAUGCUAUAACAGACUUGCAUCAGUGGACAGAAGAACAGUGCAGUUUUAUAGGUGUGGACUUUUAAUUUUUAUUCCUAAGUCUUCCUGUAAUGCUGAUGGGAGGAGAUUCCACGUGUGGAAGGGAAAGUUGAUUUGCUUCGGCCUAUCUGAGAAACCUGCAUAGACCAACAUAGUCAUAGAAAAGAAACCCUCGAGCUCAUUAUAAUGGAUAGUACUCCUGUAAGCUGAGGGUAAAACCAAAAAGAAUGACGACAGAAAAACCCUUAGUAGGUAAUGAAGUUAUGAAAGAUGUUACCCCAUCAGAAGCUCUUACAUUGGUAUCACUUUGGUAUCUAUUUUAAGCUGUCUCCUCAUUUCCUGAGGAGGAAUGAAUAAGACUCUCUUGCCAAAAGAAUGCUGGUUAUUCAUUUAGUGGUAUUGAGUUGCACAAUGUAACGAUAAGUCGAGUUUCAAAGUUCUGCGCAGCUUGAAAAAUACACAGAUUCCUCUUAGUUAUCUCAACCCAAGUUGGAGAACUUUCCUUUGUUUAAAUGGGCUUCUUUUUGUCUUUGAGAUUAUUAUCUGGUGUGGUGGCAGGUGGUAUCUGUGGUGUGGCAGGUGGCCACGUGGUGUGAAGCAGUUGUAGGCUGUAUUUUGCCUGCAGUGCCCCCAGGCUAUUGGAUCAUCCUUCUUGCUCCUUUGGUUUUCUUGGUUUAUUUUGAUUGGGGUGGUUCUGUGGGCACUGAGCUGAUGGCUUCCUGUAAACUUCAAGCACCCAUCUCGUACAUCUGGCAACCACAGGGAAUUUCUUCCUGCAGAUGAGAACUCUGUGUGUGAUGAUAAAUGGAGGCAUAAUAAAAUCUGCAUAAAGUCUUUCUUGCGCUUCCUCAAGGGCUGUCAUCUCUGUGUUUGUUAAUUAUUUCUUUAGAAUAACUGUCAUACCAGGUAUGCACCUUUCUGUGUGGUGGCACAACUUCCAUGUCUCUGCACGUACAGGGUGCAUUUUACCUCUGGCUGGCAGGUCAGCCUUUAGUUCAUUAAUGGCAGAACUGUUCACGGAUGUCAUAAAGAAGUUACUUUUAAAAUUGGCAUCUGAAGUUCAGGUCAUGCUAAUGAAUCUGACUGAGAUUCUGUUAACAUUGGCCAGUUGAGGGAGAACAUCUUUUGUUUAGCUCUGUGUUGUUAUUUUUAACCAUUUCCCAAUUCUCAAAGAUAUUUUAUCAGAUUUUCACCAGCUUUGCCUUUGUAUUACAUCUGCUAGAUUUUUGCAGUAUUCUGUUUUUCCUGGAUGAGGUUGAGUAAAUAAAUAUAUACACAGAAAAUAUGUUCUUGGUUGUCCCCUUGCCAAAAAAAAAAAAAAACCCCCCAGAUCCAAACAAACUCAUAGUAGCAGUUUUCUGUGUACUAUAAUUGUGAAAUAGCAUUGCUUAUAGUGUAUAAAGGAAGGGGAACUGUAAAUGCAUUUUCCCUGUGCACAAGCACUUGUACUGUAGUUUUUGUAUGUGUUGUUAGUAAUUAUGGCAUCGCUGUUUGGGUUUUUUUUUUGUGUGUGUUCUGUAAGCUGUCUAGGAAUUUUACCUGCUUUGACUGUUUCAUUUUUAGUCUUUGCUUUAUUUGUGUGUGACUCCCUUUAGGUUUAGACAGCGCAGUAAAUUUGCAAAAAAGAAAUGGACUUCAAGCUGCUUUAAUCACCAGUGUGUAAGCUGAAAAGUCUGUGUAUGGGGAAUGGAUUGAAUUGGCCUGAGGCACACAAAAGUGGUAAAACUUUCUUUAAUGAGUGUUUCUGUAUCAAUAAAUUCAGUAAAGACUUUUUAGCCUUCUUAACGUGGCUUUGCAUCGUGUUGUGAUUAGAAUACUUUGUAGUGAACUACUUAUUUCCGUAAUUGAAAGUUAAGACACUAAACACUGGUUAAGAGCACUUAAUCAUAUGGUGCAGGUGCAUAGUUUUUCUGGAUGACCUCCUCAGAAUAGAAUCAAAAGAAACCUGCCCAUCUGAUGACUUCCAAACCUUUAUGUAAUGGAUUGUGCAAGAUUUAUUUUGGAAUUAGCAUACACAGCACUGGUCUGGAUUUUAAUAGAAAAUUUAAUGAGUGAGUUCACGUACCUGGCUGAUGGGUUUAUAGAGAGCAGAGGUAUCAGGAGCUCACUUAGGCUGUUUCUCUGUUUCCAGACACGAUCUCUAAACCAAACGUGUCAAGACCUUGUUUAAUGCGUUCUCAAUUACCACCAUUUUUGCAACUGCUCUCUCACCUCCUGUGCUGUGAUUUAGUUCUCAAUUAAUGCCAAUUUUAGGAGCUUAUUUCAAGGCUUUCACUAAUGUUGAGAAUAAUGCUUUGGCUUCAGCUGUAAUGGGAACUGUUCAUAAUAGCAAAUCCAGCUGUUGCUAAUAGAGUUUAUCUAUUGACCUUUAUUCCAUGUGAUAGUUAUUCGUAGAUUGUUUCUUCCUGUUGUCUGUGUGUACAAUAAUGUCCUCUUACAGGCUGUAAAAUGGGAAUAGUACAGCAUUAAUGCUUUCCUUCAUGUGAUGCUUGCUAGGAAAAAAAAAAUCCCUUCCUGCUUUGGAAAGCUGCGGAUGUGUUGUAUUAGUGGUAUCAAGUAGAUGAAAUUUGUCAAGACAGGUAAUGUUUAUGUUUCAGGUAAUGUUUAUGUUCACUUCAUAGUAGGAUAUACAUCUCAGUUCCUGAAGAUUUCAUCACUUCCUAAGAAGGUGUACUCUGAAAUUCUUCUGCUGGGACAGAAGUGGUAGAUGAAAACAAUACAAGGGUGUUUAAAAACAAGAAAACCCCAAACUUCUGCUAUGUCAGUGUGGAAUUCUUUCUAGUACAGGGUAGAAAUACUUGAGCGAGGGGCACAAACAAGAACGUUCGUUCCAGUCACUUAGGAGUUAACUUUUGGUUCUUGUUCAGAGUUGCACACUCCUUUUUAAACAAUUUGUCAUGUUAAUGCAAAAUAAAAUGAACUAAUGGAUGUGUAA